UCUCGCUCCCGCCGGCCGGCAGGUUGAGGGAGGCGGAGGCGUCCCUCCUUUCCCGUCACGCCCUGGGGUGCUCGGUCAGCCCCGCAGCCAGGCAGGGAGCAGCCCGGGGCGCCUCCCCCCAGCCCCGCUGUCUUCCGCCUGCUGCUAACAUCUGCUGCAGCCCGCGCGCUGCCUCGCAGCUGCUGCGGCCGCAGCCUGGGCUACCCCGCUCUGCGGCGCCUUCGUCCGUGAAUCUGGCCCGGGAACUUCCCACCCCGGCUCAGAGCCGCUCCCCUGCCGGGAAGGCUGGUCCCGCGCGGGAGGCGGGGUCACCGCCCCUCGGCUGCUCCGGCUCCGCUGUAACUUUGCUGGCCGGGGUUCCCCUCGGGAAGGGGGAGCCCGGCCUGCCCCCAGGCGUGGGGAGCAGCGCGGGGCUGCGAAGCGAACCGGCUUUCGCCCGCCAGCUACACACACAGUUUGCCGGGCGGGGCUCACUCGGCGCCCCAAACUUUCGCACAGGCCCCGCCCUGCGGCUCGGAGCUGGCGGGCAGAGGCGGGGCGGGCUCGUGACGGAUCGUGUCCAAAGCUGCCGAGCCCAGAGGCAACAGCGGCGACUUCUGCCUCCCUCCCCCCGGGCCCCGGCUGGCGGCGGGGGAGGACAGAGCGAGCGAGCUGAGGGGAGGCGCGCAGGGGCUCGCUCAGGGGUAUUCGCCGCUGCGAGCGCUCGCUGCCUCCCGGGACUCCAGCUGGCCCGGCCCGGCGCGGGACGAGCAAAGGUCGCCGGAGGGACCCGCGGGGAGGCCCGGAGCCACUGAGUUGCUGCGCUCAGCCAAAUGGCUGCAAAGGCAGGAAUGUUCCCCCUGGUCCUCACAUAUACAUGUCUGAAUACUUGAUUAAAACAUAGUUAAAGAGGAUACUAAAGCUUGGAACACUGUUUGUGGGUUGUAGGAGGAUGGAGGAAAACAACUACUCUUGUGUAUCCAGUCAGUCAUGGUGUCCCUCGAGCAAAGCUUUCUAGAACACUUUCCCAAGGAAAGGAGAUAAAGUAAAGUUCAAAAGAAUGAAGAGAUAUAAGUGUCCCUUCAAGUAUCCCAUGAGACAAAAGAUCCUGAUCCUUUUUUUAACGGUGUGGCUGCUUGCACUUCUGAAACUCCUCAAUGUUGAAAGACUCUUAUUCCCUCACAAAGGUAUUUAUUUGGUUGAGCACUUUUUAAGCACUUCUUCUUAUGUUAAAAACAAAUACUCCCAUCUUAGAAACGACUUCCAGUAUGAAAUUAACUGUUCACGUAUAUACGAACAAGAACCCGGUGAAAUUGGCAAGAGUUUAGAGAUAAGAAGAAAAGACAUCAUUGAUUUAGAAGAUGAAGACGUUAUAGCUAUGACCAGCGAUUGUCAGAUGUAUUAUACACUUAGAGGAUACCACCUAAAGCCUGUUUCCCCGCAGGAGGAAAGUUUCCCAUUAGCCUACUCUUUGGUUGUUCACAAAGAUGCAAUAAUGGUUGAAAGACUCAUACACACAAUAUACAGCCAUCAAAAUAUUUACUGCAUCCAUUAUGACCAAAAGUCUGCUAAUACUUUCAAAUGUGCUAUGGACAAUUUAGCUAAGUGCUUCCCCAAUAUUUUCAUUGCAUCUAAAUUGGAGACAGUGGAAUAUGCACACAUUUCUAGGCUCCAAGCAGAUUUUAAUUGUUUGUCUGACUUGAUGAGGUCAUCGUUUCCGUGGAAGUAUGUUAUUAAUUUGUGUGGUCAAGACUUUCCUUUGAGGUCAAACUUUGAAUUGGUAUCUGAUUUGAAGAAACUCAAUGGAGGAAACAUGCUGGAGACCAUAAAGCCAAGUAGCAGCAAAAGGGAACGAUUCACAUAUCACUAUGAACUUGAGACAGUGCCUUAUAAGUACAUGCAGAUGCCUGUAAAAACCAACAUUUCUAAAGAGCCACCACCUCAUAACAUUGAGGUUUUUGUAGGCAGUGCCUAUUUUGUUUUAAGUCGAGCAUUCAUCCAAUAUACCUUUGAAAACUCUCUUGCUAAAGAUUUUUUUGAAUGGUCCAAGGACACUUAUUCUCCAGAUGAACAUUUCUGGGCAACCCUUGCACGUCUGCCUGGAGUACCUGGGGAGAUUUCAAGGUCAGCUCAAGAUAUAACAGACCUGCAAAGCAAGACUCGCCUGGUAAAAUGGAAUUAUCUGGAGGACCACUUAUAUCCUCCUUGUACUGGUACACAUCUUCGCAGUGUGUGCAUCUAUGGAGCUUCAGAAUUAAGGUGGCUUAUAAAUUAUGGACACUGGUUUGCCAAUAAAUUUGACUCCAAAGUGGAUCCUGUUUUAAUAAAAUGCUUGGCAGAAAAACUUGCUGAGCAACAGAAGGAAUGGGUUGAUUUGUCUUCUGAAAGCUCUUUCAUGCACAGACGUUCUGCAGAUGUUUCACUAUAGCAGUACACUAUACUCAGUAGUCAGUGUUAUCCAGAGUCUGACGCUCCAUAGCCUUGACUUUGUACAGUCAUUUAUGGGGUGUAAAAUACUACCAAAUCAGAAUGCUCCUUCUGCACAAGUGUAAAUGACUACACAAGGUGCAACAGAGAAUCAGAAUGCAAUGGAGAGUCAGCCCCCAGACGCGAUGGAUCAUUGUAUAAAUCACCAAACCAACACUGUGUCCUUAAUAUCUUUCAAGGUGAUACUUAUAAAAAUGAACUCCACUUUUGAAUGCUUUUGCGGGAGGCUGUGGCACUGUCUGUGGUAAUGGAAUGCUUCAAAUUGAGCCUGUUUGUGCAAUAGCUAGGAUAAUUCCUCAUGUCUGUCCUCCUUAUUCCCCUCUUCUUCUUUAAAAGUUUUGAAACAUAGGAAGGAAGAUGUCCAGGUCUGCUACCUCAGGAAAGCUGGAAGGGGAAAAUCCAAAACUCAAAUGAGUCUAAAGAGAGAGUCUGAUGACCACUGAGCCAUAGGGCUGAUCCUGUGAACCCUCCAUUCCCAGUCAGUGGGAGAUGAUGGUGCUUAGCCAUUUGCAGGAUUGGACCCAUAACAAUGAUUUGUGCAAUGUGAAUAUGAUUGGAUGAUAUAAGAGGAGAGAGAUCGUGGAACCUUGCCCACUGCAUUGGAAGUAGCAGUAUUCUCGCCUAGCUGUCUCUGUAUUUAGUUUUCUUCUCUAUUAAUUUUAUGCUUCCAUACAUUUUUAUGUACCUGUGAAUUUGGUGAUGGUUGAUAGAGGCAGCAUUACACACGGCAGUUCUUUUGAAGUCUGUACAUAUUCAUCGGAGAUGACAGCUUGCACAGCUCUACCUAACAGAAAUCAGUGCCCGAAAACGUAUUAUUCGAGUUCAGUUGCCGUCUCCUCCAUUAGAAACAUCCUCCUGCAAAACCACAGUCAUUCCGGUCAGGGACACCAUUUUAGGAUGGUGCCCCGGGUCUGUGUAGCUACAGUAGGUAACAAGUGCAGCUUCUAAUUAGCAGUCAACAGUUUGGUGUUACAUUAAAAUGCAAAAUAUUGACAAGUCCUAGCCACAGGCCCAGAUCCUGAGUUGGGGCUGAGGCGCACUCAGUGCAGCUCAGGAGGGGGCUGUGCAGAGGUGGCUUUAUGCCACCUUGGUGCUUCCCUGCUCCUGGGCUGAUCUGUGCCAGGCCAGGCUCCCACUUCAACUUAGAACCCACUUGCUUCAAAUUGCUCUAGCUGCCAGUGGCCCCAAAGGUUAUCCUUGUAGCCAUGGAUCUUGGGGCAUGACAGAGCCCUUGCCAUCCCCCUUCUCUCAGCUAUGCCCCCUACACUGGGGGCCCGGAGAGGUGGUGGUGGUGGAAGAGUCUCUACAGCAGCUGUUGUAACCCACAAGUCCCGCUAUGACGGAGGAAGUCAUCUGGGACCUGGAUCUGGGACCAGAAGAGCUUUGUACUGUCCCAAGACAGCCCAGGAUCUGGCUCGUGGUGUUCAAUAACAGUAUUGCUCUUGUCUUUAUCUAUCCGUAAAGUGCUGCAGUAAUGACAAUGCCCUGUUGUCUCAUUUACAGACUGGGACCAGAAGUACCCUUGAUGCACAGUACUCAUGGAAAGUGUUUAGCUGAUUACAUAAAAUUAUGACUCAAACUGAUAGGAUUGAGGACAUACAUAAUUUGAGCAAGUUAUUCAGUCUUAGCUUUAGCACAUAGGGUAGCCAUGGACUAGUCACUAGUGGUUUAAGAAUGGCACUGAGGGUCAGGAGUCAUGGGCUUUCCUCCCAAAUCAGCCACCAACUUGCUGUGUAAAGUCACUUAACUUCUGUGUCUCAAUUGCCCCAACUGUAACAUGGGAAUAAUGCUGUUCAACCACAUUUGUAAAGCACCUCGAGAUCUGUGGCUGACGAGUCUAUUGUGGUUAAAAUUAUAGAUUAUAACAACUUCUUCUCACCAAAACUAUUUAUGAAGUCUAUAAAUGCAUGGAACACAGAUUCCCUUGAUGUUCACAUAAAUAGGAAUAUAUUUUUAAAACUAAAUGCAAUUUAGGCUGGUAGCCUGCCAUUACUCCUUUGGUGCUGUUCUGGUUUAUCAUGAUGAUAUGGUGUAUGGGGACUUUCUAGAGUGGGAAGUACUGAUUGUAUUUACAGAGUUGUGCAUUACCAUGUUCACACUUGGGAACUCAUAGAAUACAUAGAAUUAUGCUGUCAUAUCAUGAAAGGCUGUUAGGGUGUCAAAGGGUCAAACUUAGGCCUUGUCUAUACAAGACAACUUGCACCAGUUUAACUAAAUCAGUUUAAAAACACAUCUUAAGUUAAGCCACUUACGAGUCUGUGUGAACAAGGCCUUAUAGACUUCCUAGACCAUGGAAAAUAAGGGAACGUAGAAGUGAUGCUGUCUGCUGAGUUAGUAUCCCAGGGCCCCCAUCAUGCUACACGUUACUGUGAAAUACUUGUUUGAAGUGAAGUACAAGGUGUGCCCAGUCACAGCGCUGUGAAUUGUAAAUAUCCUGAUGAAUAUCUGUUCUUUUUGAUGAUAUAAUCCAAAGCUCUUCUACCUUGUGGCAUGAUGGUCUACAAAAUGUUUUCAAAUAUAGUCUAUCACCAAAAUUUAAGAUUAAAUUUCUGGAUUAUUUUCGCCCCCUCACUUGUAAAAUUUAACAUUGGCUAUAGAUAGAUGUAUAACACACACACAGUAUAUAUGUAUACAUGCAGUGUGGAGACCCCUGGCAGUAUUCUGUGAUAAAAUAUGAACAAAAAAUCACAAUAAUUAUGCAUCUUUGAGGUCAUCACCUGCCCCUCAUCCAUCCCUCUCUCUCUGCUGGGACUUGUUUGAAAUGACUGGUAUGACCCACCUGUGGCUUUGCCAUUCAUGAGAAAUGUGGCCAUAUCAAACAUAUGCUGAGAUAAGUAUAAAAUUUAGUGUGGGCAGAAACUUAGCAUACAAACAAAUAUUAAUUAGGUAUUAUACUACAGUGGGGAAUUUUUGCUUAUUAAAGCCAGAAACUUCCCCCACACCCUCCACAAAAGCCUUCUAUAUAAGUUCAUGGCUAUAUUUGCAUCAUUAGAUGGCGUCCCAUAUUUCCAUCCUAUUAAAUACAAGGGGCCUGCUCAUGGUCCCAUUCCACCUCCUUUGCACAGCUCCAGUAGCACAAAGCAGGUGGAAAAGCAAUUUAACUGGCCAGCUGGGGAUUUUCCCAGAGAAGGCAACAUGGCAGGGAUAUUACCAACAGAAAGAGGGCAUGAACAUUGCAGAACAUUGCUGCGGUUCCUGGCUGCCAGAGUAGCCUUUGCAGACAACACAAUUUAGAGCUCAAGUUGCUACUUGGAUCUUCCAAGCUGUGCUGUGGCAGAAGAAUUAGUCCCCGGGAUCAGUCCAAAGAUAUUUUUAGUGGCUGGAAAUAGGGGAGGCUGACAAAAGUGGUAACUAAGUUCUAAGAGGCAUUUUUUAAGGAAGAGGAAAAAGUGACCAGUUUAGGAGACUAAGAAAACCUUCUUGGUGGAGGGCAGUACUUGCCGAGCGCCUCCUUGACUUUGUUCAGGAUUUGCCACAGAUUUCAUCAAAGGAAAUUAUUGUGAAUGCCACAAUAAAGCUUAUUUGAAUGUGACAUCUAAAAUUGUAUUGAGUCUCCUCCCUCUACUAUCGUUGUUAUGAUUAGUGUAUACAGUAAUUAAAGUACACUUUAAUUCACUUGAGAAAUAUGCAUAUUUGUUAGGUGUGGUCAUCUGUCCAUUUCCCCUCUCCUCCAUGUCUCUAUCAUACACACAGUUGAUCAGAGGCAGCUCUUUAUUUUAGUAAUCGCUCCUUUUAACGAAACAAGACCCUGCAUCCAGACACCCUAAAUCCUGGGAAAGUUUGGAUCCAAAAUUUGCAGCCCAAGUUCAUCUCUGUUGUUUCAUAGCGUGGUUGCUCAGCAACUACAACUCAAGGUCUUUAGACAUUCUUUAUCCACGGUUACCUGCACUGUCUCCAUCUCAGAAUUAAGAAUGUGAAAAUCCAUAGAUUGAUGAUAUAAAAGAAGAUACACAUCACUGAUGAGUUAAUGGUGCCCUGAUACUAACCACCCCCAAAUGAGUAUGCUGCAGUAUGGACUCUCCUCCUAGCUUGUUGCUGAACCCACGUGCAACCACUUCUCUCUGCUAAACCAGUGAUCUAACCCUACCUCCCAGCUGCCAAACCUGUUCACAGUCCACCCUUGACCGGUGCUCAGAUCCAACCCCAACCUACCAAAUCCAUCCAUGAGUCUCUCACCCCACCACAGCCUCCCUGAUGUUGAGAGGUCAGAGAAACGGGGGAAAGUGUGAAGGAAAAAAGAAAAAAUCACAGAAGAUAGAGAAUUUCAUGGCUUUGGCAGGAAUUUACUUGGCUCAUUGAAAGGGGAUUUCUGGAGCUUGGCAGGCAAGUGAAUCUGCAGGUCUCUUUGGCUCCAGUCCUACAAUGACUGAGGCACGUACUUAACUUUAAGUAGAAUGGGACUUCUCACGUACUUAAAAGUUAAGCACAUAAGUCUUUGCAGGAUUAGUGUCACUAAGAGCCCAAAUGUUGGUGUCAUGGAAGUCAAUGGCAAAACUCUCAUUAAUGCCAAUAGAACCAAGCUUUGGUACUAAGGGUCCCAAGCUGAUUUAUUUCCAGUGAAGUCAUGGAAAGAUUGAUAUUGACAGCAAGGGGAAUUAGAUUGGGCCUUUAAAAGUUUAGCCAGCAGAUUGAUCAAUUUUGAAAAAUAGUCACAGACAACACUUUUGUAACUUGUCAUGCUAAUAAAUGGACUGGGGUGAAAGCGGGAGGGAGAUUGCCAAUUUGAAUGUGUGGUUCUCACUGUUCAUAUUUUCUUUAAUGUUGGAAUAAAAGGAUUUUAAAAGGAAGAUUAGCAAAUAUAGAAAAUGAUCAUACAUUCUAUAUUUGCAGUUAAAAAAAAAGCCUUGGUUGAGAAUUUCUAUGACUGCUGCAUCAUUAGCUUGUGUCAUUUAAAUCAGAAUGUGGACCCAUGAGAAAAGCAAAAUGCAGGAGAUGAAAAUGGUGAGUAGAUGGUACCUUAUUGUAAAUUAGCAGUGUGACCUUGAUUGUUAAGUACAGGGAUAACCUUUGUUGAGUUUUUGUAGAAUUUAAAUUAGCUCUUGAAGGUAAUGAUUUCUGUUUAUGUGAAAAUGAUGGUUUCCUUUUUUUUUAAGAAUAAUGUAAUCAGUGUGCAUUUUAUUCUAGUAUCUGCCGAAAUAUUCCUGUGCUUUUUGUAUUUCAAGUGAAUAGUUUGAUACUCCUUUCCUUGUAAAGCUUUCCAAAAACGUUUGAUUUCAAUUGGCGACACCUUUUUGCAGACACUGCUGCUAUGUUUGUUUCCCCAAAUCAAUUUUCCAUUCAGUUGUAUUUUAUAGGAUUUCACUUUGUUGCUCUUGAUGAAAAAUCAAGUGGGCUUUGAGAUCUCUCCUUUAAUGAACGGCAGUAAGUGGAUGCAGUAUUCAUAGUCUUAAAUACGCAUUCCCUUUGCAGAGGUCAAUCCAUCAAUAAUACAUGCUGGAAAUGUAGACAUAAUGUUAUGCUGUACGCUCAUCUCAGGAGCAUUGCAAGGGACAAGGUCAAAAGACAAGGAGUAUAUUUUAUGACAGUGUAACCACUCACGCUUGAAUGGGUUAAUGAGUUUAUAACAGUUACUUUGUCACUGAGGCCAAAUCCUGAGUAGUCAAUGGGACUGAGUUGCAGAUGCUCAGCACCACUUAGGAUUGGGCCCUGCUCCCAUUCAAGUUAAUAGCAAAAGUUGAACAGAAGAAGGAUCAGGCCGUACGUCUGGAUGGAGCACAUGUAUACACCCGCCUACAAUCUGACUAACUGAACAUCAUGCAUCUUCCUCAGUCUAUCCCUUGUUCUUCAUCUCAAGCCCCUGAAGUGGUAUAAGGCCGACUCCUGCUCCCGCUUUCUCAGAUGGAUGGUCCGACUGUAGUCAGUGGGAUUAUUGUGCAAGUAAGACAAGCAGAGUUUGGCCCAUGGAUUCUAUGUCUACAGAUAGGAUUUUGUUCUAACACCAGUGACUUCCAUGAGAAUUUUCCCACUGACCCUCAAUGGGAUUGGGAUUUGGCCAUUCAUUUACAAAGAGUAUAAAAGUCUUCGAAAACAUUCCAGUGUGCGACAAUGUUUUUCAUAGUACAGUACAGAAGAGAUGGGUAGUGUAUCUGCGGACCUAUGAAUGCAAGUAUGUAACGCUGCACAACAGAAUACUAUUCCAAAAGCUGGUCAUCCUGAGCCGAUAGGCUCCGCACUAAACAGAAAUAAAAAACAAAUUGGAUGAAAAA